AUGGCGCGACUGCACAAAAAUGCUAAUGACGUCUCUCCCUCACAGUCCUCCUCUUCUGCCGACGCGGCAGCGUCCCACGCAUCACGAGCAGCAUCUGCACCAUCUUCCUCGGCAGUUCAGGGCGCGUCGCUCCUCAAUGCUGCUCGAGCUGGCAAACCCACCGUUGGGGCGCGUAAAUUAGACGUUGGAAAGGGGAAGCUCCCACGCCCAAGCUUUGCGCUGGGUGCAACGCGUAAACAGCCCGUGAGCCGGACCAAUGUGUACGAUAUACCAGAUAGCCCGACGAAGGGGACUUUUCAGCUGCCCGAGAUCGUCAACCCUGCACCGCUGAGGCUUCUCAGGAAAAAGAAAAAACCCAAGGGAGCCGCCGAGACGCAGUCUGAAAUAUACCCCGAACAAGACGAGCUCCAGGUUGGACCUAUUACACGCACUGAAGAUGCAGACGAGCAGCCGUUACCCAUCUCUCCAUCUGCAUUGGCUCAAGGCACCAACGACAGUGUUGACAUAGAUGAUCAUCAGCCAGACAACAGAGAGCAAGUAGUCGAGGAUGAAUCCGACCAAGAAACCACGAAAUCCAAGUCUCCUGAAAUGCAAGGACUUGAUUCCUUAGAAGCUCCGAAUGGCGAACAGGCACCGUCUAGUUCAGUAGAGCAAGGGCACGCAGGCAGACCCAGUAGAAGGAGUCAUCCUGAAAUUCGUAUACCGGUAAGGGAGGCCAAGCCAGACACUGUUUCCUCAAUCGCAGAUGCGGGAGGCGAACGCUCUGACAUCAACGAACGCGAAGGCGAUGGCGAUACCAUUGAGGUAGCGAUACCGGUACCGAAGCUCUCCGCUGCUGACAAUCGCAAGAAGUCAAAACAUCGAGUCGUCAAUGGCGCUGAGCCGACUCCAAGUCGCUCAGAGUCUACAAGUGACCAGGUUGAUCCAAUCCCGACUUCAAAUACACAAAAUGAGGCUUCGCAAGGGAGAGUCAAUGACGUACAAGAAGACGGUCAUGGUGAGCCACCAGCCAGUCACCAAGUGUUUGGUCUUGACAAGACAGAAGAAUACGUAAGACCAAAGCACAUCCCUGCAUCCACCUUGAGUCAGUCAAGAUCGUUAAGGACAAGGACGACGGCACAGGGACCAGUGUCCAAGGUACGAAUACAAAGUACACAACAAACAGCAGACAACUCAUCUGCUUCAACCAAUGAGGCCGAUGACGAUCACCAAGCUGAAGAAAGCCAAACAUCCGACAAUGGGUACGAACUCGAUCCGUCACCAGCAGAGGAUAGAGAAUCAGACCCUCCAGAGGAAGUCGCUGCACACGAAGAACAGGUUCACGCAAACGAACACAAUGAGGGCCCGGAGGAGCAACCCGAAGCAAACGCCGAACUGACUGAUCUUGAUCACGUUGUUAAAUUUCUUGACCUUGAAGAGCGUUCGGGUAAUUGUCAGACGAAGCUUGCUACUAUGAUCAAACAAGUAUGCGACGAAUCAUACAUUUCAGUCAGCGAACUUGACUCGCUUGCCCUCGUAGUCGAAAACAUUGAUAAUGUUAGAGGAACACUCGAAAAAAUUGAUGGCGUUAAGGAGUCUAGACGAUUGGCAUUCAAAUCUGAUGCUUAUUCGUAUCUGUUCCGCGCACUCACUCUUUACCUGGAGACAGUGUAUAGCUGGCUUUAUGAGAAGUUCGACGACAUUACGAAGUCUCUGGAGGCCUUGACGGUCCUUCACCCUCUUACCAACGAUAUUCUGGUCUUCAAAGCCAAGAUAGCCACGUGGGGCGUAUCAGUCCCUCAGCGUUCGAAAGGUGACCGGCUCGUCAGUGAUGUGGAAUCGAAACUCAUCGUACCCCUACGCAAAGUCGAACAGGCAUUUCGUACUCGGAUCAGUAUCCUCAAGGCUGCACAAAGAGACCAGCUGAUGCGUUUAGAUCGAAAGCGCAAACGGGAAGAGGAGGAGGCGAGACAAGACUACCUCAAUGCGAGGAAGGAGAGGCGCAAACGCUGGCAAGACCUCCAUGUCGUCAGAAUGCAGUGCGAGCCUGUCCCCUAUGAAAGACGAAAACUUUUCUUCACUGAGCUCGAGGACCGCGAGGAGACCGAUGCGAAUGGUGUGAGAUUUGAGCGCAUACCACUGUUCAAAGAACGCGUCGCGCCACGCGCUACUUCCUCAGAUUCGGAACAAAAGGAAUGGACUGAUGAACAGACCGCCGUCUUGAUCCAGGCCCUUGAAAAAUUCGCUGGUCCACGCGUCUUCGAAAAACUUUUCCACGCCCAUUGCCGUCUUGGCGGGAUGCUGCGAGAUUUCACCGUCACAGAUAUCACUACGAAAGCGACUUGGGUGCGCUCUGCUUACCUGAAGCUGCAUCAAGCACAACAGGACAAAGACUGGGAAGUCCCGGAUUGGGUCAAGCAGAUCCCCAAUCUGCCAUGAUUGUACUCGCGAUCAACUUUUCACAGAGUCUCAGUGCAAGUAUGUCGUACUCAUUGAGUCAUCUUGUGUUGAGAUGUGAUGCGGGUGUUGUUGGUGUUCUAUUCUUCAUCCUCAAACUUUGUGUGGUAUUAUUCCUCUUUUCAGAAAAGUAAAUGUUCCUGAUGUUCUUCUAUCGUUCUCGGUAACAUCUCAUGGUCAUUCACACAACCUCAGAUCUUUGAAAAUAUAUCAAAAUACCCUACCAUAUUUGACCC